GCUCGAGUAUUAAGGUUAAACCCUUACCCAAUCCUGUUGCUAUCACAAUAUUUUCAUGAGCGAGGGAUUCAAGGGUUCCAUAGAUCUCAUUCACCUGAAGAGACGCAGAAAGAAACAGAUCCUUAAGGCCUUUAAUUCCACACAUCCGGUCCGAGCUGAAUAUGAGUUCGUUAUCAGGGACCUCGGAAUGACGUACACCAUGGACGCUAACAGAUUUGUGGGUUCACCAGAGGCUGUUAUGACUGCUGCGAAGAAAUGUGCUACUAUUGUGGAUGUCAGCAGUAUGGUCACUGAAUCUACCAUCGUCGACAAUUUUCCCCCACAGGCUGUAAGAGAACCAACUGCAGCACCGAGUAAGUUGUUUGACGCACUAUGUUCCGAAUACAUAAGAUGGUUUGUAAUGUAUUCAUAUCAACGGAAUCAUUUGCAGUUUCCUUAG